AUGGCAGACUCCUCGAGCUCUGCUGCGCCUGCAGGCGCUACAAAGCCCCAGGCGGCCCCGAAGCCGCCUAAUCCUGCGUUCAAAAUGAUGGGUCUGCCGAAUAUGCGCUUCAAAUUGCCCUCUCGCAACUGGAUGAUCUUCUUGACCAUCACUGGAUCAUUCACUGGUGCUCUUAUCUAUGACCGUCGGGAGAAACGUCGCAUCCAACAGAAGUGGUCGGAGCUUGUGGCUCACAUUUCAAAAGAGACUCUGCCCGUUGACCAAAUGCGCCGGAAAAUGACAGUCUAUCUUUCUGCACCCCCAGGAGAUGGCCUGCGCGUUGCUCGGGAUCAUUUCAAAGAAUAUGUCAAGCCGAUCCUGGUCGCCGCGGCAUUGGACUACACCGUUGUUGAAGGCCGACGUGAAGGCGACGUAAGAGCCGGCAUGGCGGAAAACAUUCGCAAGCUGCGCCGAAAGGCCGGCGAGCCCAGCUCAACCGUCGAAGAAGUCGGUGUGGAGGCGGUCGUUGCCGCCACCCGGGCAAACAUGGGAAUCAGUGAUGAGCCUGGCCCCAAGGGCGAUUUGGUUAUCGGCCGUCACACCUGGAAGGAAUAUAUUCGUGGCUUGCAUGAAGGAUGGCUUGGCCCCUUGGAUGCGCCACCUCCACCCCCGGAGGAAAUGAUAGUUGAUGCUAUCGAGGACACCAGUGCAGAGAAACCCGUUGGUCUCGUGAACCCCGAGAUUGCUAGCAUCGAUUCCCCCGAGUUCUCCGAAGAUCACAAAGAGCCGAUCCCCGAGCCCAAGGCCGAGGAGCCAGAGAAGGAAGAAGAAAAGCCGGAGAAGGAAGAAGAGAAGCCUUCCAAGCCCACCGGUCCUACUCCCGCAUACAUCUACCCAUCCGAAUACUCGUCCGCCUCCCUUCCCUCCACUCUCCCCCAGUCAUUCGACAGCUCCACCCCAGUCGAAUUCCCUCACCUCCUCGGCUUCCUGAAUACCCCUAUCCGUAUCUACCGCUUCCUCACACAACGCUACCUUGCCGAGGAUGUCGGCCGCGAUGUCGCCGCGCUUGUUCUCGCCAAUAGCGCCCGUCCUUACCGUGACGACAGCUUCAGCGCAGACUCCGAGCCCACCGGCGCCAGCGUUGACCCCACUCCCUCCCCCGACAGCUCGUUCGCAGACCUCCCCCCUCGCCAAUACGAGCAGCAAACCGUGAUGGAGGCUGCCGAGAAGGAGUGGCACAAGUCUGUGCACAAGCGCGAGGAAGACGAGAAGGAGCGCGAGUGGCUUGAUGACGUCGUGCUUGACCAGCGUAUUGCCUCACGCAUGCAACGCGCCAUUCUCUCUCCCGAAGACGAAGCCCGCUCUCAGCGCAUCGCCGAGCUCCAGGAAUACAUUCUGGGCGAGGAGCGACCAGCCCACAUUCCUUUCUGGCAGCGCAUGUGGAUCGACUACGGCUACGGCGAGAGCGAAGAGGCUCUGAGACGUAAGCCCAUUAUUGGUAACCUUGACGAAGAAGAUGGACAGUAA